AUGGGUCGCGUUAGAACCAAGACUGUCAAGAGAGCCUCCAAGGUCCUCAUCGAGAAGUACUAUCCUCGUUUGACCUUGGACUUCCAGACCAACAAGAAGAUCGCCUCCGAGGUCGCUAUCAUUCCCUCGAAGCGUCUCCGCAACAAGAUUGCCGGCUUCACCACCCAUCUGAUGAAGCGUAUCCAGCGUGGUCCCGUCCGUGGCAUCUCCUUCAAGCUCCAGGAGGAGGAGAGAGAGCGCAAGGACAACUACAUCCCUGAGGUUUCGGCCUUGGAUACCUCGGCCAUCGAGAUCGAUACCGAGACCCAGAACUUGCUCAAGUCCUUGAACUUUGAGGACUUGGCCGGCGUCACCGCCAUCGAGGUCAAGCAGGCUCCCUUGGAGACUCACCGCAAGCCCCGUGGCGACCGCAAGGACCGUGCUUAA